UUCCCCAAACGCCGCAAGUCGCGGAGGAGCGGCUGGACCGGAAGGGCCUGGGUUCCGGAGAUCCCCGUGCACAGCCUCUGCAACCUCUGCAACUUCGGUGGCCCAGACCCGCCCCCACCCAGGCCAGACCUGCCACCCCUCCUCCACGGGGGCUCCGGUUUCAGACCCUGUGACCGGGACAGCAGCUGCCCAGGACAGGAUGCUGGGGGGCACCAACCACGGAGGCCUCUGGGCUGGGGCCUCCCCUCUCCCAAUCUCCUCCUGGGUCCCUUGCAGAUCCCCUAGAUGCAGAUUUUGGGGCACAGGGGGAUGAUCAGGAAGUCCCCUCCCAGCAUGUUCCUGGCUUCCUGGGUUUGUGGCUAGAGGAACCAACUGGGAGGUUGGGGAGCCCCAGUCUCCUAAUCCUGGAUUCUGUCCUGCCCCCAACGGUGGACUGGGGGAGUUUGCUGUUUGGCUAUAUCUUGUCUUUUCAGCUAGGCUGGGGAUCCCUGGGGAUUUGGACUCUGACUCCAAGGGGCCAAGCCAGUGGCUUUUGCCAGCCCUCCAGCUGCUGCUUAGAGCUUGCCCAGCCCAGCCUGACCAAUGUCCACAGCCAGGGAGCAGCCCAUUUUCAGCACACGGGCACACGUGUUCCAAAUCGACCCGGCCACCAAGCGGAACUGGAUCCCAGCGGGCAAGCAUGCGCUCACUGUCUCCUAUUUCUACGAUGCCACCCGCAAUGUCUACCGCAUCAUCAGCAUCGGGGGUGCCAAGGCCAUCAUUAACAGCACCGUCACCCCCAACAUGACCUUUACCAAAACCUCCCAGAAGUUCGGGCAGUGGGCAGACAGUCGUGCCAACACUGUCUACGGCCUUGGCUUUGCCUCUGAGCAGCAUCUGACACAGUUUGCUGAGAAGUUCCAGGAAGUGAAGGAAGCGGCAAGGCUGGCACGGGAGAAAUCUCAGGAUGGGGGGGAGCUCACCAGUCCAGCCCUGGGGCUCACCUCCCACCAGGUGCCCCCGAGCCCCCUUGUCAGUGCCAAUGGCCCCGGCGAGGAGAAGCUGUUCCGCAGCCAGAGCGCGGACGCCCCCGGCCCCACGGAGCGAGAACGGCUCAAGAAGAUGCUGUCCGAGGGCUCCGUGGGCGAGGUACAGUGGGAGGCCGAGUUCUUCGCGCUGCAGGACAGCAACAACAAGCUGGCGGGCGCACUGCGAGAGGCCAACGCCGCUGCCACCCAGUGGAGGCAGCAGCUGGAGGCCCAGCGUGCGGAGGCUGAGCGGCUGCGGCAGCGGGUGGCUGAACUGGAGGCCCAGGCGGCUGCAGAGGCUCCCCAGGUCAGCGAGAAGGAAGCACUGGGCCAGUCACUAGAGCAGCUGGAGGCACUAGUGCAGACCAAGGACCAGGAGAUCCAGACCCUGAGGACGCAGACGGGUGGGCCCCGAGAGGCCCCGGACACCACUGAGCGUGAGGAGACGCAGCAGAAGGUGCAGGACCUGGAGACCCGCAACGCGGAGCUGGAACACCAGCUGCGGGCAACGGAGCGCAGCCUGGAGGAGGCACGGGCUGAGCGGGAGCGGGCGCGGGCCGAGGUGGGCCGGGCGGCGCAGCUGCUGGAUGUGCGGCUAUUCGAGCUCAGUGAGCUGCGUGAUGGCCUGGCCCGCCUGGCCGAAGCCGCACCCUGAUCCUGGCUGCUGGUUCUCAGCGGGAGCGGGGCCCUCAGGCUGCUCAUACAUGAACGAUUCCGGCCCACCGCGUGGGCCAGGCCGCAGGCAGGCCCAUUCGCCCUGGCAGGGACUGGGGGUCCCCACUCAGCCCGGGGCAGGCCUGGCCACACCUCCCCAGCCAGCCCUGGCCGUUCACAGUUCGGGGCUGUUUUUGAGCUUUCCAUUGUGUAGAAUUUCUAGAUCCCUGGGGCGUGUACUGAUGCCCAGAUUACAUUUCUAAGCGUG